ACCCCAGUCUACUACAGUUCUCUUUCCAUCACACAUAGAGUACGCAAAUAAGCUUCUCUCUUCUCUUUCUCAUGCAUAUGUCUUGGGAGCAAGUAGCAUUUGUCCAUAUUUUCCAUGAUGGUAGAACAGAAUACUCAAACCAGUUUCAAAUAAGCAAUUCAUUGUACAUCAGCUAUUCCUUAUACAGGAAGCUCUUAUUAUCUGCUGACUCCAUAUCUUCAUUUUUGCCUAUAUUCACAAUUGGGUCUUAGAUACCCAGUUUCAUUAUCUGCAGGUAGAAAAAUAGGUGAGGUGGGGGAGGGGGUUGUCUAAAACCCCUUUUGCUUCUUGGGGAAACACCUCAGCGAUCUGCCUUUAGCUGAAUGUAGUCUAGAGAGAGAUGCUUCUUUUACCGCGUUCUUUAGUGGCAACACACACGCACACACUUGGCAAGGUUUGUCAGCAAAGUUUGCCCUCAACGUGGCUGUCUGUCUGUGGAGCUGUCGGGAGAGCCCAGGAGGAAAGCGAAGGGCGGGCUGGGCUCCAGCAAGGCUUUUCCUUCCCCUCAGACUGCAGUGCUAGCUGGGAAGGGAAUUGCAAGCAACCCUCGGUCGCCGUUGCGUCUGGUCUUCUCCCAGCACGUCAGGCAGCCGCGAGAGGGGAUUACUAUAGCAGGCUGGAGGAAGGAGGUGUGCCGUGUGACUUCCCGCUCUGGGGUCAGCCCAGCAGCUUCUGCCGCGACAAGAGCGAUCAUCCACCAGGGCGACCAAGGCAGUUUCCAUUGUGUGUCCAGAUCAGAAGACAGACUGGAAAGGAUCUAAGUAAUCAAAUUCAUCCAGGACUGUCUGGAACUGAGAUGCUACCUGAGACCAUGUCUACUAGGAGGCAAGCAAAAAUCAUGCAUGAUUCUGUUGGUUUCAAGAGCUCCUUAACUGGGAAGAACUAUACAAUGGAGUGGUAUGAACUCUUCCAACUAGGAAACUGCACAUUUCCACAUCUCUGGCCUAAUGUGCCUGAACCUUUCUGGUGCAACCAAGGGGCUGCCUGUUUUUAUGAAGGAAUAGAUGAUGCCCACUGGAAAGAGAAUGGGACCUUGGUCCUGUUGUCCACAAUCUCAGGUGCUGAAGAAGGGAAGUAUUUUCUCCAACACCAUCUAUCAUCAUCUUCCUACCUGCUCACUCUUAAGAGACUCCUGAAGCACUACUUUGGUAUCGAAACGUUCCUAAUUUCACAGAAUGAGAGAAAACAAGCAUCAUGACAAAAAGAAGCUGAGAAAAUAAUGGGACUGUUAGUCACUAACAAACAGAAGAAUGGGCAUUCUUUGUAUUACUAGGUAUGAUAUGGCAAACCAUGCAGCAUUUGGGCACAACUGUUAUAUUGCACUGUACUUUCAGCUGCACAAACCUGGGCAGCUUUGAUGAGGAAGAAUAUCAGUUGUACUCCUUUGAAACAUCCUUCCAGAAAUAUUCCAUUUAAUAAGAACAUAUGAAGCUGCCUUAUCCUAAGUCUGAGCUUUGAUCCAUCUGACCCAGUGCAAUCUAGUCUGAUUGGCAAUAGCUCUCCAGUCCCAAGCAGAAGCCUACCCCAGUCCUACUACCUGAUCUUUCUUUAGAGAUGCUUGGCAUGGAACUUGAUUCUUCCUGCAUGCAAAAAUGUGUUCUACUGCUGAACGAUAGGCCCUUCUCCAAAGCCCCAGAUUUUUGCUACCUCCUGGCACAGAGGAAGGUAGUUUGGAGAGUUUCUGUAUCCAUGAGAGGGGAUCAUCAUUCCAUCAGAUGAGCAAAGUGCACAUAAAUCACAAUGGACUGUCCAGUAUGUACAGAAGAACCCUGUUAUUCCUGGGGAUUCUGUUCCAUGGGGGUGGGGGGUGGAUAGUGAAUCUGUGGAUUAUGGGCUAUGCAUUAGGGCUAUUGGAAUCAGGGGGGUAGGUUCCCGGACUGCCCAAAAUUGCCCCCAAACUACCCUUCAAAUCAGUAAACAGGCCAAAUACAGUGCCCUAUCAUGCACCUCUGUCCUUUGCAAGUUGAAUAAGAAUCCAAACAGUGCCGGAAUUUGGGCAGAAAUCACCUGGUAUUUUCCCAUUUUAAAAAAUGGGCUCCUGAACACAAGAUGGCGGCCAGAAAUGACCUCCAAGGUCAUUUCCAGCCAUCCCUGACCCACAGAUACAUUGGUUUAACACCCCCCCCCCCAUUUUUUCUUGCAUAUACCGAGGUAGGGUGUCCAUUAUCUGACUGUGGAUACACAGAACCAUGGGUCCUGAACCCAUGAUUAACUAGGUUCUCCUGUAUAAGGGAAACUGGUACAUGUCCGGUAUAAUAACUCCACACUCCCUCUGUUCAAGUUACAAGUUCAGAUUUCCUAGCAGUGAAUUAGAACUGCCUCAGUUGGUCUGGGUCUUGUGGAAGCAAGCAUUAUUUGUCCUCUUUGCUAAGCAGGGGCCACCCUGGUUUACAUUUGAGUGGGAAACUACAUCUAUGAGCACUGUAGGAUAUUCUCCUUAGGGCUAGGGUGGCUGGGGAUGAUGGGAGUUGUAGGUCAACAACACCUGGGGGGCCCAGUUUGCCCACCCCAGCCUUAAGUGAUGGGGCCACUCUGGGAUGAGCACCUACAUGCUUGCAUGCAGAAGAUUCCAAGUUCCCUCCUUGGCAUCUCCAAGAUAGGGCUGAGAGAGACUCUUGCCUGCAACCUUGGAGAAGCUGCUGCCAGUCUGUGUAGGCAAAACUGAGAGAGAUGGACCAAUGGUCUGACUUGAUAGAAGGCAGCUUCCUAUAUUCCUAACUUUAUUUGUUUAAACAGAGGGUUCACCCAACCCCGAUUAUGCGAAUAUACUUGCCCCCGCCCCUUACAGAUCUAGUUAAUUCUAUUUCCAUGUACAAAUUCAUCCAUAAGAUUCCAGACUCACUUUUAUUGUCAUUGACCAGUGCCAGAAGGUUUUAGGUCACUGUACCUUAGGGAUUCUCUCUGGAAACCCGCACACUGUCACUGCAGAGUACUGACUCAAACAGGUUUUUUUGCAGAGGGUGUCACUGCAAUUUCUCAAUUAGGCUGGCUCUACCACAGGCAUUGUCGAAGCUGUCAACUGCUUCUGUGCCAAAACUCCUCUUUUUGCUGAAUUCAUAUUGUAUUUUAUUCUUAAAUAUAAGCCUAUACAUAUGAUUCUGAGUCAACACAUUUGUAGUCUUUCCAAGUUAUUGUCAUUUCAAAGCAAUAAUGACUUCAAAACAAUAAAGAUGAAAGGCAAAUAUUUUGGUUAAAAUGGUCCAAAAUAAAAUAAAGCAAGAAUAGGAUUUUCCACAAAGGCCAUAAUAGGGGUGUGCAAUUCGGAUUUUCGGUGUUUCGAUUUGGAUCUGAAUCGAAACACCCCUGUUCUGUUUUGUAUCUGAAUCUGGCCCAUCCGAAUCACCCCGAUUCGAUUCGGAUCCGAA